CUUUUUAUAGGUUUCAAAUGAAUAGCUGAGCUGCAACAUGUUUGCAACACACAAAUCGAGUUCAUGUAUAGCUCGUUACAAUUUUAGAUUUGUUAAACCAGCUUUUAGGAGUUUAAACGAGUUAGAGCCAAACCAAUUAGUUUACUAAAAGCCUAAAUAAAAACGGUGUCGUAUUAGCCAAACAAUCCCUUCCCCAUUAUCUCUUCUGCAGAGGAGGAGCGAGCCUUCUCACAGUGGUAUAUUGGGGUAGAAAUCAAAAUCAGAGCUCAAAUUAAAAUUCACCCCCACCAAAAAAUGGCGUCAUCGGUGAAAUACGUGCGCGUCCCGCCGAACUCGGCCAGUCUGACGGAGGCGCGGCAGCGGGUGUUCGAGUUCUUCAAGACCGCCUGCAGAUCCAUCCCCACCAUCAUGGAAAUCUACACCCUCGAUGACGUCACCUCUCCUUCCCAGCUCCGCUCCGUCAUCUCGUCCGAGAUCCGCAAGAAUGCCCACGUCACCAAUCCCAAGGUCAUUGAUAUGCUUUUGUUCAAGGGAACAGAGGAAUUGAGCAACAUUGUCGAGCACGCAAAACAGCGGCACCACAUUCUUGGCCAAUAUGUCUUAGGUCGUGAUGGCUUAUCCCAAGAUCUUGAAACCAAGGACCAGGGUGCAUCUGAUUUCCUUAAAAACUUCUAUAAAAGCAACUACUUCUGAAUUGUUUUUUCUUUUCAUUGUGGAUUGUUUGUUAUGAGUGAUGCUGGUCGAACCAGUAAUAAAGAAAACUUAAAUUGUCUGUUGUUUUUAGCUUCUGUUGUUGGAUAACUGUUCGUUAAAAUGCAUAUUCGAAUUGCUGCGAAGCACAUUCAUUGACUUCAGGCUUAUGAACAGUUAAACUAAUAGUUUAUUGAACAUGCUGGUCUCCAUAUGCGGUUUAAUAAUCAGUUAUUUGUUAUAAAAUGCAUGCAGUACCUUCUGACUAAAAAU